AUGGAUGCAACAACAACCAAGGCAGUGAAGCUUGAGGCUGCAGAAAGCAGUUACAGAGCCAAGGGAAGUACCAGAGGGAUCUCUAUCUUUGAUCUCGUUCUUCGAAUUGUGGCGAUUGUUGGGACUCUGGGAGCUGCUGUUGCCAUGGGAACCACUCAACAAACACUUCCCUUCUUCAGCCAGUUCGUCCAAUUCCAAGCUCAGUAUAAUGAUAUCGAUACCUUCACGAUGUUUGUGAUUGUCAAUUCCAUUGUUUGUGGAUAUCUUGCUCUAUCUCUGCCACUGUCCAUCUACCAUAUUGUCCGGAGCCGGGCUGGAAAGAGUAGGGUUCUGCUGCUCCUGUUGGACACGAUAAUUCUAUGCCUUCUUACCGCGGGAGCUUCAGCAGCAGCAGCAAUCGUAUACUUGGCGCACAAUGGGAAUUCCUCAGCUAAUUGGUUUGCAAUAUGCCAAAAUUUCCAGGACUUCUGUCAGCGCAGCUCGGGCGCUGUGAUUGGUUCUUUUGUCGCAGUUGCCGCCAUUAGUCUGCUCAUCAUUCUAUCUGGAUUUGCAUUAUCCAGGCGCUGA